ACAACAAAUACAAGGAUGAAGAGUCUCUGGCCCUUUAAGACUUUUGGUUGCUGUGAUUGGCUCAGUCCAUUUUGUUGCAGGAAGCAGUCACUGUACUGCACAAAGUGCGAUUCCAGCGCAAUAACCACAAAUAGUUUGAGUAUUAUCAGCAGUAUAAAGAUGAUGCGAAGACCCCGAGCGACUACUGUCAACGCUGUAAAGUACAAAGAUGUGGACUCCGACCUAUCUUUUUCCCAAACGGCGAGUAGCGAUGAGGAUGCUGAGGAAUGGAGGCCACCGAAGCCAAAGUCAAAAGCCCCCAACAAAACUGCCAGAGGUACUGCAACUGGUGAAAAGAAAACAACUGCCAAGAAAACUGCAAAACCAAAAGAGGCAAAAGCACCCAAAGAAUCUAAAGCUCCCAAAGUGCCUAAAGAACCUAAGCCAAGGGCACCACGUAAACCUGCAGCAGGACGAAAAACACAGGCUGCUAAAAGUCUAAAGGAUUCUGAAGCCUCAGUGUUGGCUGGAAUGGAGAGGAAAAAACUGGAUAACGAUUAUAGAGCAAAAAUAGGAGGAAUUCAAACUGACUGUCCAGAGGAAACGGGGGCUGAAGAGAGUGGGACAAGUGUCAGAACGAAGGAAGAGAGGGUGUCAUUUAUUGUGUCAGAAUCCUAUCAGAGAGACAGAUGGGCAGAUGAGGGGUCUUCACAAGCUGGGCUUGGAGUAAAGAAAGAGGAAGUAGAUGCGGAGGAUUUUACUUUUGAUGAGCCCUGUCUAAAGAAACAAAAGACCAGUGCUGCCUGCAUGGGAAAGCCGACUAACUUACCAUCAUCUGAAGCGCAGUCUUUGAGGAAUGAACUCAAUAUGAACUGGGACUUGAUAGAGGUGCUGUCCCACUUGACAUGUGUGGAGCGAUGGGUAUGUGCAAACAUCAUUAUGCUGCUUCGUGAGGAGAACACUGUGCCGUUCAUGGUGCGCUACAGGAAAGACAUGAUUAACCACAUGGAUGCUGAUGCUGUUCGAGAUGUCCAGAUGGUUUAUGAGGAGUUAUGUUCUUUGGCGAAGAGGACUCAGUCUGUGGUUCAGACCCUGAAGAAAGAUGGGGUGUUAACAGCUGAACUGGAACAAAACCUGAGGAGCUGCCGUUCAGCUGAUGAACUGGAUCAUGUGUACUCCCCCUAUAAGAAAGGCAGCAAGCUGACAAAAGCUCGCAGGGCAAAAGCACUUGGCCUUGAGGACGCUGCUUCUGCAUUGAUGAACACACCACACACUCUAGAUUUAAGGGCAUGGAUAAAACCUGGUACUGAAGGUCUGUCAUCAGUGGAAGAAGUGGCUACAGGUGUGGAGCACAUAUUGGCUGAUAUGAUGGCCAAAGAUCCUGAAACACUCACCUAUGUGAAGACAUUAUGUGAGAAAAGUUUUGUAAGCAUACAGUCUUCUGUGUCUAAGUCGGCAUUAAAGGAAAAGGAACAGGCGAAACCUGUCCAAGGCCACAAAACAAAAGCAGGUCCCGAGCAAAAUAAAAACAAGGACAUUGACAAGUUCCAACUCUACUUUGACUUCACCUGUAACAUCCAACGUAUCCAACCCCAUCAGACGCUGGCUAUUAACCGAGGGGAGAGUCUCAAGAUUUUGACAGUGAAGGUGAACAUCCCCGACAGGGUGAAGAGUGACUUCACUAGGUGGUGCAUCAACAACAGGUGGAGGCCGAAGACAUUUGCAAAAGAAGAACUUCAUGCAAUCAUUAGGAAUGCAGUGGAGGAUUCAUAUAAAAGGCUUAUUCUUCCUUUCCUCACCAGGAGUUACAGGACUAAGCUGACGAGUGCAGCGGAGAAGGAGUCAAUCGCCAUGUUUGUGCGCAACCUCCGCCAGCGCCUGUUGGUGUGUCCAGUGAGAGGCUGUGUCAUCAUGGGGGUGGACCCUGGCUUCAGACAUGGCUGCAAGCUGGCAAUCCUCUCACCUACUAGUCAGAUUCUCCAUACUGAUGUUGUGUACCUGCAUAAUUCAAACCAACAAAGGGAAGCAGAGAAAUUACGCCACCUUAUGACCAAAUACAGCUGUAACAGGGUUGUUAUUGGCAAUGGGACAGCAUGUCGGGAAACAGAGUCCUUCUUCGCUGACCUCAUCUCCCGGCGGUAUUUUCACCCGCUGGAUGUGUCCUAUUGUAUAACCAAUGAGGCAGGAGCAUCCAUCUACAGUGUGAGUCCCGAGGCAGUCCAAGAGAUGCCAGACUUGGACCCUAACCUUAGGAGUGCAGUGUCGAUUGGAAGACGUGUCCAAGAUCCGCUGGCUGAGCUUGUGAAGAUUGAUCCCAAACACAUAGGCAUUGGAACAUAUCAGCACGACGUGUCAGCUGGAGCUUUGAAGACAGCAUUGGAUGGAGUGGUGCAGGAGUGUGUGAGCUUUGUCGGUGUGGACAUUAACAUCUGCUCUGAGAUACUGAUGAGGCAUGUAGCGGGCUUAAAUGCGGGAAGGGCACGGAGUAUCACAGAAUGGAGAGAGCAGCACGGUCCCUUCAUCAACAGGGAACAGCUGAAGCUGGUCAAAGGCAUGGGGCCCAAGUCCUACCAGCAGUGUGCUGGCUUCAUUAGAAUAAACCCACAAACUCUAUCCAGUGUCAGAUCAUCAUCUAAUCAGGCACCAGAAGUGCCCGAGAAACCUGCAGCUAAGAAAGGCAAGGGAAAAACUGGUGUCAACGUCUCAACCUCAUUUAACCCCCUCGAUCAGACCUGUAUACACCCGGAGUCCUACCAUGUAGCACAAAGAUUUCUGUCUCUUGUGGGUGGGAGUGUGGACCAAAUUGGGAGUACAACCCUGAAACACUGUGUGGAGAACAAAGUUAAGACAAGCAGUGUAGAGGAGCUGGCUCGCACCCUGGACACCACACCCGAGACCCUCAAACUCAUUAUAGACGGCCUGACGCAGCCCCCCGGGUUUGACAUACGACAAAAUUUUGGACAAGCAGACUUUAAGCGGGGCGUUGUGUCCAUGAGUGAUCUGCGGGUAGGUGCGGUGCUGACAGGCCGUGUGGACAACACUGCUCUGUUCGGGGCUUUUGUAGAUAUUGGCGUUGGCCGUGCAGGCCUCAUCCACAAGAGCAACAUCACCCUGGACAAGCUGCCUGUCAGCCAGCGUCGUCGCAGCCUGGCUCUAGGACCUGGGGAGCGAGUGGAGGUCCGGGUCCUGAAUGUUGACCUUCAGAGGGGACGGAUUGGGCUGGACCUGAUCAGGGUCUUGCAAUAGAGUCACUUAAUACCUGUGAUUGUCACUAGAAGUGUGACAGGAAAUUACAGGUUUUAAGCUGCUAAGGCCUCAGAUACACAGACCUUGGUCAGUGACCCCCCUGGCAGUCUCUGAUUCUUAGGGUAAAAUGUCUGUUCUGUGACCCGCUGACAAGUAAUUCCUGAAGGCUGGUAGCAGUCAGUGGGAGCUGCAACAGAAACGUGCUUGUUAUUUCUUUGGUUACUGGGAGAUUAUUGUGUACAACAAUAAAUUACAUGGAAGACAUCAACUUGUCUGCAAAUGUGCGCCAUUUAAUGUUUGAGUUGUUGUAAAACUUGAAAAAGUGCAAAACAACUGGAAACGGGAAAUGUUCCCGUUGUGCCUUACCACUGCAACCAACACUUGAAUUGAAUUGAAUUCCUCAGGCAACAACUUAACAACCAGUCGGGGAAUACACAUUUUACCCCCCAUGACCAGUGCUCCUCAGAUGGUUGCCGACCAGUCUCGAAGCCUGUGUGACUAGUGCCUAACUUGGCUAGUUUUAAAAUGAUCCAUUAUUCAGAAAUAAAAGCAAAAUUUUCAAGUCAUGUUUAACAGUUAGGACACUUCAUUUGGGACUUGUUCUCAGUCUGUUUGUCAUUUAGAUGGGUCCUUUGCUCGGGCAGAGCAUUACACUUGUUUGCCCAACUAAAGGCAGAAAUAUGUUUUCUGAUCAUGAACGAAGACUCUGAUUAGAUAACUUAGUGAGAUGAUAUCACAAUUAUUUGCAAUUUAGUUGUUUGUAAUGCUGAAUACGACAUACUUGAGUGACUAUUGCUAAUGUUUGUAAUACUUGGUAUUCUCAUUAUUCUCUACUUGAAUAAAAGAAAAUCAGUUCUUCACAAUGUUCUUUAUCUUCUGAUUUGAGCAGUUGUUAUUGUCUUUUGGAUACCUUAAAGAAAACCAUUUGAACAAACAGACUGAAAUUGUGCUCAGUGUUGUUUCAUGUGCAGUUGAUGGUUUGACAUUAAGAUAUUUAAAGUAUGUAUGUAUGUAUAUAUAUAUAAUAUAUAAAUAUUGUGUUCCUGAUGAAAAAGAACAAUUUCAGCAAAUUGUGUUAUAUGAUAUGCUUCACUUUUGUGAGGAGAUGAGGAGACGCACGAGUGAAGGUGGGGGAUGAGUGGGAAGCACGCUGGCAUGAGUCAUGGAUAAACUGAAGGUGUAAGAAAUCAAGGACCUUAUGUAUCAAGAGAUGAAAAAACAAGUAAAAGAAGCAA